UUGAAAGCAGCAGUAACGUUUGAAAGUGACUGUUCCUCUUACUGGCCACCGGUCAUGAGAACAGGGACUUGAAAAUGGAGUUAAUUCGCGCUGUUCAUGGCUUUGUCAGGUCACUGUUGUUUCUCCUGCUGUGGUCAAACUGUGAAGGAAGAGAGUCGGAGCUCAACUAUGUGACCUGCGGCUCCCUGGUCAAACUGCUCAACACCAGACACAACGUUCGUCUGCAUUCCCACGAUGUCAAAUACGGCUCAGGCAGUGGACAGCAAUCUGUAACUGGUGUGGAGAAUGCAGACGAUGCCAACAGUUACUGGCAGAUUCGUGGGAAGCCCAACCGUCCGUGUCAGCGCGGGGCAGCCAUCAAGUGUGGUCAGGCCAUCCGCAUCACACACAUGAAGACCGGCCGCAACCUCCACACUCACCACUUCAGCUCACCCCUGUCUAAUAACCAGGAGGUUAGCGCCUUUGGAGAGAAUGGCGAGGGUGAUGACCUGGACUUGUGGACAGUGCAGUGUGAGGGUGUCCACUGGGAGCGUGAUGAGGCUGUGCGAUUCAAACAUGUGGGCACGGACGUCUUCCUGAGUGUGACAGGGGAGCAGUAUGGCCACCCCAUCCGCGGCCAGCGGGAGGUGCAUGGCAUGAGCUCCUCCAACCAGCACAACUGGUGGCGCACCAUGGAGGGCGUCUUCAUUCAGCCCAGCCAGGAGCUGAUACGCCAUGACGAGCUCUGACAUCAUCAACAUGACGCACAACGUGUGUGUGCACUGUCUGACUGGUUCAUAGUUCUCCUGGACCAAAUGUCAUGAUGUGUGAAUGAUGUGGAGUACUUGAGUGAUGACUCACCUCUGUACAUGUGAAGUACUGUUCUGACGGUGAGGGCUAAUGUUAUUUACAGUUUGGAGAUUAGUGAUAUUGUAUGUAGUGAAGUCCUGUGGUCUGUGUACUCCUCUUCAGUUUCCUCCUCAGACAGUGUCAUAGAGGAGAAAACCAAGGCUGGGAUCAACCUGAAAUUACUUCCUACCUAUAACUUCCCUGAAAAAAAUAAGUGUUGAGAGGUCCUGUGAAAAAUAAAAUUUAAAUAUACAGUA